AUGUCGUUUCCGCUCUACUCUUCCUUGGCGAUUCCGACGUUAGCAUCCAGUCCGCAUCCAUCCCGCGCCCAGUUGGUUCCAUCGCAGGGAUUCCCUUCUCAUCCAACGACAGCCACCGAGGAGCUCACCCAGAUUCCCAAUGCUCGCUUCCUCCGCUUCCCCGAACUCGACUCUGCCGGCUCUCCCGGCCACUUUAUCUCCAUCUCCUCCCUUGUUGUUCUUGGUGGCCGAGAAGUGUCCAAGACGAUCAAGCGCCAGAUGCUGUUUGGACUGCACGAUGACGCUGAGGACGAGGAUGUCGGUGGCGCGCGAACGAUGGCACUCGCCGAUGGGACGUUCAGCGAUACACUUGUGCCGGGCGGAGGAGACUCACAGGCCGAUCGCCAGCCGAAACGAGCGCGCGAAGAAUCUGAAACUCCCGCCAAAGUCCCGACAAGGGCAACUGACGUGCGACCCCGCAGGUCGCUCAACCGCAUGUACGACCGCAUGAAUCAGCGUCUAAUCGCGGCAAUGCCGCAACGCGAGCAGGACGGUGUCGAAGGACAUCCGCGGAACGAAAAUGCCGUCCCAGUCGCGCGCAAGGCCACAGCAGGCAGGCUCUCCCUGCGAGAGCACACGACGGCCACGCCGGACGCUGCUGAAGGGCUACGCCACACGCAGACGGCCAUGCUCAACCACCAGUCUGGAAUGAUCACCAGUCUGCGUCUCUCCAGUCGCGCAGGCCGUUCUCCUUCCCCUGCUCUAUUGGCACAAGCAGCGAUCAUGCACUCGGCAAAUCGGGGGCACACAACUCCUGUAUUGUCCUCGGAACCCAAUUGGGCGCAUGCAACUCCUGUACUGUUUUCGGAACCUGGGCAAACGCGGAAGAUUUCGUCAAGCACCCUGCAAACUGCUUCCGACACCCACUUGCACGAAGUGGCUCCUUCAGCUGCACCGUCCAACCCACCCAUUCAGCUGCCAGUCAGAACCAGCUCUCCGGAGCCCGAUUUUGUCAAGAUGGGCGCAGCCUUGCGCGACGAAGACGCGAUUGUGCCAAAAUUCCGACCUGCCGCUGUUGCUCGCGCGGAGGAGCACUUGCAUGAUGCGCGCAAGAAAGUUGCUCCCUUCAUGACUGCGGCUUUAGAGCGCUCCGACAGACGCCAGAGCGGUAUUGGCACGGGUGCAGAAGCUUAUUCACUGCUCAACAGAUACGGUGUCGAAGAAGUGGACGAGGUGGCAGGUGCUGUCGCUGGCAUCGCGAUCAACCGGGCGCAUCUGUUGGCGCGCAAGCGACAGCUUGGACUUCAGCAGGAAUAAUCGAGUUCAGCUAUGAUGUGUGUCGCUCUGUAGAAAUCGUGUCAGUUUUGUUCUACGCAUCGGCGAAAGCGUUGCAUCUUUGAAAUGAACCCA